AUGAAAUAUUUGAUUCCCGCGGUUUUCUGGAUAUUUACAAUAUUAUGUAAAGGAUUUUGGUGUUGUGACGAAGAAUAUCAGUUAAUUCGGCACCUGAUGGACAAGUAUGACGCGUCGGUGAGGCCUGUAGAGAACUCUUCUCACCCUCUGCUCGUGACCUUCGGCGUUUCGCUGCAUCACAUCAUUGACGUUGAGGAGAAAGACCAGCUGCUCACAACGAAUUGCUGGAUUACGCAAAUAUGGACAGAUCAUCAUCUACGGUGGAAUAUCAGUGAGUUUGAUGGCAUCAGUGUAAUAAGAAUACCCUACGAGAGAGUUUGGAAGCCAGAUAUUAUAUUAUAUAACAACGCGGAUCCAAACUAUCGCUCAGCGGUGAUAAAUACUAAUGUUAUAGUAAAAAAUACAGGGGAGGUGACUUGGCUCAGUCACGGUAUUUACGUAUCGGUUUGCGAUAUCAAUGUGGAACAAUUUCCAUUCGAUAUCCAGCUCUGUACUAUGAAAUGGGCUUCUUGGACUUAUGAUGGCUUUCAGUUGGAUUUAAAGAAACAGUUCGAUGAAGGUGACACCACGAACUAUCAAACUAAUGGUGAAUUCGACCUCGUCAGCUUUGAAGCGAUUAGACAUAAUCAGUACUACUCCUGCUGCGUGGAACCUUAUCCUGAUAUAACAUAUAUAAUAAAACUCAGACGACGACCCAUGUUCUACGUAUUUAACCUGAUUCUACCUUGCCUACUUAUAAAUGGAAUUGCACUCCUGGUAUUUUAUGUGCCGUCUGAGUCCGGUGAGAAAGUCACUUUAGGAAUAAGUGCUUUGCUUUCUAUGACGGUAUUCCUUAUGACUAUUCGAGAUACACUGCCGCCUACUGAAAAGACGCCGCUUAUUAGUCUCUACUACGGGGUUAGUACGUGUUUAGUUUCGUUCUCGGCAGGAGUGAGAGGGCAGCCGGUGCCGCCCCUAGUGCGCGAGCUCGUGCUUCAACGCCUCGCAAAACUGCUCUUCAUUAACUUCGAUACAGACACACAGAAGGCCGAUACAAGCACCGUGCCAGUAAGCGUGGGUGUUCAAGUAAACCCUAGGACGGGUUCAAGGCUAAAGGCAGAAGUGCAAUGCGAUGGACCCGCUUCUCCUGCCUCGCCGCGUUUUGCACGUCCCAAUCAUAACCACCUCAAUCGGGGUACGCAAAGUGUGGCAGGCAGCUUGGGGGGUGCGGUGGGAGAAACGGUCGCUGUGUGCUCGAAUGCAUGCGCGCGAUGUACGUGCUGUGGGUGCACACUGCGCGACGCCGCGGCCCGACACGAGCUGCGAGUAGCGGCUAGCGAGCGCCUCGACCGAGCUAACUUGGAAUGGAAACAGGUGGCCGUCGUAGCAGACCGAGCUCUACUUGCUGUGUUUGUUUUGGUCACCACCAUAGCCACAGCAGCUAUACUUCUUCCGCAACUGAACAAUCUUCAUGUCGGAAACACCCAACAACCGCCCUUAAAACCACCAACU